AUGCAAGAGUUCCCAUCCACACCAUCCAUUUAUGGCCAUCUUAUUGGUAAUCCACUCAAAGGGAUUAGGAUUAGGAUUCCGUUUGGGCUGCACCAGUCUUUUUCUUUGAAUCUUUCUCUACUCAUUUGUGGGAGGCUCCGCCGGAUAGAAUCUGGCGAAAUGUUUGAGAUUGGCUCAAGGAUUGAUCUUGAGAUGCCAGAACACCGGGCUAAUGGCCUUCAACCAGGUGUAGUUGCUGCAAUUCCCAAGCUGAUGUUCAAUCGUGAGGCGUUCAGUUCAACAGAAGAUAUGCAGUGUACAAUAUGCUUAGCGGAGUAUCAAGAGAAAGAAUUUCUGAGAAUCAUGCCGAACUGUGGCCAUAGUUUUCAUCUUUCUUGCAUUGAUAUAUGGCUAAGAAAACAGUCUACUUGUCCAGUAUGCCGGCUUUCAGUGCAGAAUACUUUCGAAACAAAACAUGUUCGGACAACUACAUUGGCCGACUCCCAAUCGUUUGUCAGCUCAGAGAUUACGGCCGAACAUUCUCAACAAUGGCUGCUACCUGCUGUCGAGCAUUCAGACGGUAAUCGUGGAACCAGCCACGGGAGUGCUGAUCAUAUUUCCAUUGACGUAAACUCGGGUGUUUCUAGUACAGCAAUGCCAAGAUCGUAA